AAGUGUCUUAGCGAGUCUUACGACAAGUCACUUCCAAACGGAGGCAGGUAUAACCUGCUCACUCCCUCGGGUAGUUUUGCAGAUGCUGGCGACUAAUAGUGGCCCGUGCCGAGUUACCAAAGCCGGUAACACAACUUACGAACUUUCAGGUUCAUUAACCCUGACAUGCAUGGCAGCAUACUUCGGCUUCAGUGCUAAUUACAUACUAUUACUCUGACAUGUCAACGGAACAAAAACCGACUUUUAAGCGAUAAACGGACCCAGAAAACGUAUAUAAGGAUGGUAGUGGGGAGCUGAGUUUUCAUCGACUCGUCGUUCUUCUGCCAACUACAACACACUCUCUUGAGCCAACUCAACCCCGUCACUCUCUAAACAAUCGUCAUGUUCUCCCGCAUCUUCGCCGUUGCUGCCCUCGCUGCUCUUGCUAUUGCUGGACCCCUCGAAGUUCGUGGUGGCUCCUCGCAGUGCAACACCGGUACUCUCUCGUGCUGCAGCCAGGUCCAGACUGUCCAGAACUUGUUCAGUGCGUCCGGCCUCACUGCUGUCGCUGCCUCCGUCCCCGUCAGUGCUCUCGUCGGUGUUAGCUGUACCCCUGUCACCGUUGCCGGUACUGGCAGCGGUGCUCAGUGCAGCACUCAGCCCGUUUGCUGCACUGACAACACCUUCCUCGGCACCGCCAACAUGGGUUGCAUGCCCGUUAACGUCAAUGCCAGUUCCGUGUCCUUUCGUUUCGCAUUGUGAUACCCUUAAGGUCGGUAAUAUUCGCAACAGUGCUCAGUUGUCCAAUUGUGCAGUACUGGUCACUGGUGCUUGGGUGCCGGGCAUAUGCGCUAUGUGGUAUGUGUGCUGUGUUUUUCGGCUAUUUCAUGCCAUGUGCAAUCACACUUUCAGAUGUCCUCGUGCUGUC